AUGUCUACACUCACCCACGGCGGCAGAAUUGUGCCUAUACUCACGAGUCAUGAACAACAUCACCGUGAACUCGACUCUUCCUCCUCACCCUCGCGCUUCCUAGACUCGCAACUUCUCCAACAAGAACCUCUCCAACAAGAGACAGAGACCUCGCUGCUGGAUCAGCAAUUAAAUCACGAAAUGACGCGUCGUGGCAAGAAAGCCGAUCACGCCUCUCUGGAGAUGUCAUGUCUAAAGGAACGCGGGCUAGUUGCGAUACCAACUGAGGGUGAUGGGAAUUGUCUCUACUACUCACUCUCCGAUCAGCUCUUUGGCAACUUCAACCAUGGCGACGAGAUCCGGCACAAGCUCGCGGACCACAUGGCUGCCAACAAGAGCUACUUCAUGCAAUUUGUGGUUGCUGAAGGUGGUGAGCGCCGGCGCCCCCGAAGAGCUGCGGUCUCGGCUUACGCGACUCGGUCUGUAAACUCGUCCGCUCCCUCAGUGGAUGAUAAGGAACAACGAUUUGCAGACAUGAUCGCAUCAACCCGCAAGAACGGCGAGUGGGGAAGCUCAGAACACCUUCAAGCCUUUUGUCAAGUCUACCGUGUAGACAUCAACGUCUACACGGUAAGUGGUGUUCAAGCUUUCAGAGAUGUGAAUGCUCCCUCCGAUGAGCACAGGGAUGUUAUUCACGUGGCCUUCCAUGACUUCAAACACUACUCGUCAGUGAGGCCAGUGAAUGGCACGCACAAGGGCCUGAUGACAGUGAAGUCAGACCAGGCCGCUGCACUGCCAUGCUCACAACUGGAGGACAGCAAGCCAUCGACCCCGAAGCUUGCGGAUGUUGCCUGCUCGGACUCGAAAGGAGCAGUAAGCGAUGAGAAGGAAGUGCCGCCCUCCCCCAAGGUCUCUCCGUCCCCGGAGCCCGCGGAUCUUGCCCGCUCUGAUACCAAAGAAGCCGCAAGCGACAACAAGGAAGUUCCGCCUCCCCGGAAGACCUCCCCAGCCCAUGAGCUCGAGGAUGGUCAAAGCACAAUCGCGGCGGUCCCCACUGGCUCUUCUUCCUCUGAAAGUCAGCCGACAAGUCCAGACCUUGCGGUCGAUGUGUUUCCUCCUUGGGACAUCCAGUCCAUCCAGGAUGGACUCGGAGGACGAUAUGACCGAGAAACCAUCAUCGACAUGCUGCAGAAAUGUCGAGGGGACAUCGAUCGAGCAUUCGCCGCUCUGCUUGGGGAAAAGGAGAGUGACCCGGAGAAAGUUUCAUUUCCCGGGCCCAAUUUCAAGCCCUGUCUGCAAGCUUCCAGGGAAUCAUCACCUGUCAGUACCGGCAGCAAGCGUUCUGCAGACGACAGUGAUGAUUCAGAAGACCAUGCCUCAACAGUCCGACAAGGCCGCACAAAAAAGAGGAUGGUAUCAAACCUCACCCUGGGAGUUGGCAUCUUAUUCCGUGAUGAGCAGAACGAGGUUUUGUCCCUCAAUCUACACGUGAAUAGUGACAAAGACAAGGCCAAGGACAAGAAAAUGAAAGGCACGCCACUUCGUGAGAGUACGGUGUCAGGUCUGCCCCAGGAGCAGCCUGAGCAACCCGAGCAGCCCACGCCACCCAACCCAAAGGGUCUCCGAAGAAGUGGUCGAAAGUCCAAGGCUCGGCUGGCUUGA